UGACCGAGCUCGAGACGCGUAUCGCGGAGGUGCAGGCAAAGCUGGAUGUCCUAUUGCAAGAGCGAGAUAGACUGGUUUGGAACAUGCGGCGUUGCACCGAUGUCUUGAAUCCCGUUCGUCGUCUGCCUUCUGAUGUGCUAUGCGAGAUAUUUGCAUAGAGCAUGACUGGUCUCGAGAAUUCAUAUUCUGUUUAUUCAUGCACAUGGAAGAACACAAGGUCUUGGAAGAUUUCCACCCCGUGUCAAUGGAAACUUGGCAUGGUUUCUCAGAACUGGAGACAUACGGCGCUGACCUACCCACGAAUGUGGUCCGUGAUCGACCUCAGUUUUUCGCCAUCCGUAAGCAGAGGGAAAACCAAAGUGGAUGAUCAGCCACCUUUGGGGGCUGCACAGCUACUCGCCAUGCAUAUCUACCGUUCUGCCAAUCAUCCGCUCCGAGUGAGGCUUCGCGGUCAGAUUCCACAGACAUUCCUGCUCAUCUUAAUAUCGGCAUCGUAUCGAUGGGAGCACUUGUGCUUGGACUGGUAUAAUGUCAAAACUGUCGACUCGCCUUUGGAUGCUUUGGUUAGCUUCCAAUACAGCGAUUCUUCAACGAUCUACGAGAAAAUCCCGCUGCUGCGUAAUGUUAGCAGCCUUCGCAGGCUCAUCAUCGAUAAAGUCCAUCCUACUAUACAUCCUGAUCGCAUGAUCAUACCAUAGGGCGCAAAUCAACUCCGUGGUUGUCAAUGGGUCUUUCACAAGCGAAGAUGCUACCACACUCUUCAAGCUCGCCCCCAACCUUGACACCGUAGCAUUCCAGCAUGUCGACAAUUAUCCUCCCGACCUAUUUCACCCUGAUUCCGUACAUUCAAGAUCAC